GACGGCGGUGGGGGAGGGACUGCUCACGUGAUUAGUAGCCCAGCCGUUAAACCGACCAAGCUCGAGCUCACCAGCGCGCGGUGCACAAAAGGCCCCGGAUGAUCGGUUGAGGUUAAAAAUGACAAGGAAUUUGUCUACUGGAAUCUCGCACAGACAGUGGGGAGGGAUUCACUCGAUCAUCAGACCGACUGGCAUUCCCGUAAUUUUGCACAGGGGGGAACCCAUUCAUCUGCUCAGACAGUGGGAAUGGAUUCACUCAGUCAUCUCAACUGAAGGUACAUCAGCAAGUUCACACUGGGCAAGGCCAUUCACCUGUGGACACACCAGUCAGUUCACACUGUGCAGAGGCUGGCCAUCUGCUGAAUAUGUGGGGAAGGAUUCACUCAGCCAUCUGAACUAAUGGGUCACCAGCGAGUUCACAGUGGGGAGCGGCCAUGAACCUGCUCAGAACAUGGGAAGGGAUUCACUUCGUCGUCUCAUCUGAAGGCACAUCAACGAGUUCACACCGGAGAAAUGCCAUUCACCUGUCCAGACUGUGGGAAGGGAUUCACUCGGUCAUCUGACCUAAUGGCACACCAGCCAGUUCACACCGGGGAAUGGCCGUUCACCUGCUUGGACUGUGGGAAGGGAUUCACUUGGUCAUCUGAACUGAAGGUACAUCAGAGAAUUCACACUGGGGAGAGGCCAUUCACCUGCUCAGUUUGUGGCAAGGGAUUCACUCAGUCAUCUCAUCUAAUGGUACAUCAGCGAGUUCACACUGGGGAGAGGCCAUUCACCUGCUCAGAGUGUGGGAAAGGAUUCACUCAGUCAUCUCAUCUGAAGCUACAUGAGCGAGUUCACACCGCGGAAUGGCCGUUCACCUGCUCGGAUUGUGGGAAGGGAUUCACUCGGUCAUCUGAACUGAAUGUACAUCAGAGAGUUCACACUGGGGAGAGGCCGUUCACCUGCUCAGACUGUGGGAAGGGAUUCACUCAGUCAUCUCAUCUGAAGGUACAUCAGCGAGUUCACACUGGGGAGAGGCCGUUCACCUGCUCAGUCUGUGGGAAGGGAUUCACUUCAUCAUCGACAGUGAAGAAGCCAGCCAAACUUGUUUGGAAGGAAAAAGUUGGGAGUGACAACGGAGCAGCGAUGGCCGGAGUUUCUGGGAGCAAUUUGGGAGCUGAGUGAUCGAUACAUCCAAAAGAUGUGGAAACAUUGGAAAGGCAGGAGGACACAACCGUGGUUGAAAUGAGAAGCGAAAGCCAACAUAAAAGCCAAAGAGAGGGCAAACAAAAGAUUAAAAACAAUUGGGAAGCUUUCAGAAACCAACAGAAGACGACUAAAAAAAGAAGUCAGAUGAGCUCAGGGUGUGGAAUUAUGAUAUUGUAGUCAUUAGUGAGUCUUGGUAGCACCCAACAGUCUGAGGCAUUUAGAGGAACAAAAUAUCCGGGGCCUCAAUAUCUCUUGAAAACCAAGGUUCCCUGCACCAGUUAACUUUCAACUUUUAUUUUGCAGGCACAUACAAACUCUACACCCUCAAAAUUUCACUUCUGAAGGCCUCCCACUUACCAAGUACUCCUUUGCCAGAAAGCAGCCUGUCCCAAACCACACUUGUCAGAUCCUUUCUGAUACCAUCAAAAUUGACCUUUCUCCAAUUUAGAAUCUCAACCCGUGGUCCAGACCUCUCUUUUUCCAUAUUUACUUUGAAUCUCAUGGCAUUAUGGUCAAUCAUUUCUGUCACCAGCCCUGGAUCAUCAGCCUCUACAUCACACUUCUACAUCAGGAAUUCUCCGUACUGAUUAAGGGCACAUUUGACAAACUCUACCCCAUCUAGUCCUUUUACAGUGUGGGAGUCCCAGUCAAUACAUGGAAAGUUAAAAUCACUUACUGAAUCAACUUUUGUUUCUUGGCAUGGUCUGCGAUCUCUUGACAAAUUUGUUCCUCUAAAUCCCUCAGAUUGUUGGGUGCAACCAAGUCCCCAAUAAUAGCUACAAUAUCAGAAUUCCCUGUCCUGAGCUCAGCUGGCUUUCCUACAACGCUUCUUGCAUUGUGAUAUACACAGCUCAGCACAUUCAUCGCACCAUGCUCAACCAUUUGAUUGCUGACUCUGAGGUCUGAACAACAUCUGACUGGUGCCAAGUAAACAAAUUCUCCCUCAUUGUCACAAAACAUGCAUCAUUACUGUCGCAGUUUACGUUCCACUGGAUGCUAAUGCUAAAGUAGCCAUGAAAGACCUCAGUGCUGCUAUUAGCAAGCUGCAGACAUUGCAUCCAGACGGAGCUUUGUCUGUCGCUGGGGACUUUAAUCAUUAUAACCUGUGCACCGUGCUUCCAAGAUUUUACCAAAAUGUAUUACGCACCACCACGUGUAAUAAAACCUUAGAUCAUGUCUACACAAAUGUGGCUGAUGCUGACAAACUCACUACCCUCCCCCACCUGGGACAAUCUGACCAUCGUUCACUGUUUCUGCUUCCCAAGUAUAGCCCGGUCAUUAAACGUGUGAAACCCACAAUGAAGACUAUUCAGAUCUGGCUGGAGGGGGCUGACUCUGCUCUUCAGCACCAAUUCCAGCACACAGACUGGAGCACGUUUGCUGCCCAUGCCACCACAGACUCUCAGAUUAACAUUGAUUUAUACACCAACUCUGUCCUUGAGCACAUCAACAAGUGUGUAGAUAGAGUAACAUUACUAAAACAAAUACAAGUUUUCCCAAUCAGAAACCAUGGAUGAACAGAGAGGUUCACCUCCCACUCAAAGCCAGAGAUUCAGCCUUCAGGUCUGGAGACCGGGAGGCUUACAGCUCAGCCAGGGCCAACCUGAGCAAGGGAAACUCUCAGGCUAAACACAUUUACAAACAGAGAAUCAAGGAGCAUUUCAACUCCUCAGACCCCCAGCCCAUGUGGCAUGGCAUACAGGUCCUCACAGACUUCAAACCUCCUAGUACUGUGCCCCCUUCCAGCUCUGCUACCCUCCCUGAUCAGCUCAAUUACUUCUAUGCUCAUUGAUGAAGUUUCAGGGAAUGGGGGAUUCUCAGAUCCCUGUAAACAAUGAAUUAAGUACUGCCUAUGACUGUGGCUGCAGUGUGUUCGAAUAAUGUCUCACAGCUGCUUUCUUUGGAGCAAGAUAAUGUUUAAGGUUCGCCCAGAUCCACAUGAUGGAAAUUAGACAGAACAUUCCCUUUUAUUUAAAGCAUAAAUUUGACGGAUGUUCUUCUCUUUGUAAUUAAGUUGUGGCUCCAGCAAACCAGGUAGGACAUUCUUUUCUUUAAUUAAGGUGGCUGAUUGAUUGUUCUUUGUAUCAGUAGUACAUUGACUUGGCCGGAGUGGUUAUCAGACUGAUUGUUCUUUUGUAUCGGUGGCCUUAUAACUUCUGACAAUUCUGACAUCAGGCAGUGAACUUGUUGAACCGCCAGGGAGACGAGAAAGAUUUUCUCCCUCAUGUCGGGUCCAAGUUCACUCGUCGGCUAAGCUCGAAGAAAUAAACGGGUGAAAAAUAAGUAACGAUCUUAUUGUGCUGUCGUUAAUUGAUUCAGCAAAGCUAUGUUUACAGUACUGUGCCCCCUUCCAGCUCUGCUUCCCUCCCUGAUGAGCUCAAUUACUUCUACGCUCGCUUUGACCAAGAGAACAAGGAGGUCACCCUCAAAACGGAUCUCCCACCUGCUGAACUGCAUCUCUCACUUUCCACCUCCGAUGUUUGUGCCACCCUGAGCAGGGUGAAUGUACGGAAGGCAGCUGGUCCGGAUGGAAUACCUGGCCGUGUGCUCAGAGUCUGUGCAGGGCAGUUGACCGGGGUCUUCACAGACAUUUUUAAUCUGUCCCUGGCCCAGGGAUUUGUCCCCACAAGCUUCAAGAUCGCCACCAUCAUGCCAGUGCCAAAGCAUUCCACUGCCACGAGCCUGAAUGAUUUCCACCCAGUUGCACUCACCCCCAUCAUUGCAAAGUGCUUUGAGAGACUGGUUCUAUCACAUCCGAAAUCCUGUCUGCCCACUACCCUGGACCCCCAUCAAUCUGCCGAUCGCACCAACAGGUCAACAGAGGACGCCAUCUCCACAGCACUUCACUCUGCCCUGACCCACCUGGACAGCCCCAACUCCUACGUCAGAAUGCUGUUCAUUGACUUUAGUUCGACAUUCAAUUCUGUAACCCCUUCAAGCUGAUCACCAAACUUCACCAGCUUGGUAUCAGCUCAUCCCUCUACAACUGGACCUUGGACUGUCUGACUAACAGACCCCAAUCAGUUAAGUUAGAUAACCUCUCCUCCUCCACUCUCACCCCGAACACCGGCGUGCCUCAAGGCUGUGUGCUGAGCCCUCUUCUGUACUCCCUUUUCACCUAUGACUGCGUUCCUGUACAUGGCUCUAACUCCAUAAUCAAGUUCACAGAUGACACCACGGUGGUUGGCCUGAUCAGAGGGGAUGACGCGAUGGCCUACAGGGACGAGGUCCAGCACCUGGCCGCGUGGUGUGCCGACAACAACCUGGCCCUUAACACCCAGAAGACCAAGGAGAUCAUUGUGGACUUCAGGCAUGCUAGGAGCCACACUCCCAAUCUACAACAACGGAGCUGUAGUGGAGCGUGUAUCAAGCUUCAAAUUCCUUGCUGUCCACAUUUCCGAGGAUCUCACCUGGUCCCUGAACUCCUCCAUCCUGAUCAAAAAGGUGCAAUAGCGCCUUUACUUCCUGCAGAGCAUCAAGAAAGCUCACCUCUGUCCCAGGGUGCUGACGGACUUUUAACGCUGUACCAUUGAGAGCAUACUCACCAACUGCAUCUCAGUGUGGUGUGGCAAUUGUCCCGUUUCGGACCACAAAGCACUCCACCGUGUGGUGAAAACUGCCCAGCGGAUUAUCGGCACCUAAUUGUCCACCAUUGAGAACAUCUACUAUAAACGCUGCCCGGGCAGGGCGAAACAUUAUCAAGGAUGCAUCUCACCCUAACCAUGGACUUUUUACUCUCCUUCCAUCCGGUAGGCGCUAUGGGAGCCUCCGCUCCCACACCAGCAGGCACAGGAAGAGCUUCUUCCCUGAGGCUGUGACCCUGCUGAACAUCACAUCACAGCGCUAAGCAGUAUUGCAUCCGUAUUGUACUGUCUUAGUACUUUUAUAUUUGUGUGCUGUAGUACUUACUUUUUAUUCUCAGUUAUUUUGUAAAUAACACUAUUCUUUGCAUUUCUGGUCAGAUGCUAACUGCAUUUCAUUGGCUUUGUAUCUGUACUUGGCGCAAUGACAAUAAAGUUGAAUCU